UUUAUUAUACACAAUAUGACAUUUCAAACUGCACGCUUCCACGAAUGAGCAAAAAAAAUGAGAUUACUGCUACUUUCAUUAUUCUCUUAGGUCAGCAUUGCCCAGACAGGAUAUCUGCCGCUACAUUUCGUUCCGACGCUGAAACACGAGAGUGGAUUUCCUGUUUUGAAUCGGACCGCGCGCCGAAUUACACAAUCAUCACAAUCCUAGGACAAGUGACUCAGUCACUGGCCGUCGACUGACUCGAGGCCGGCGUGAUUUCCAUCCUCCACCUCCUCGCCCGGUUCGUUCCUCGCCGUGUACCUUUAAAAGGUUGAGCUCGCCGGUCUGCGAGUUCUGGAUUGUGUCUCCCCUUUUGGCUCAUACGCUCUCUCUCUCGCGCGCGCGCUAGCGUGUGAGUGAACGUGUGCGUGCUCGCGCGCGCGCGUAUGUGUCUUUUCUUCCAACAGUGACAUGGCAAAGAAGCUGCGUUGCUCUCGGUAGCAGCAGCAGCAUCCCGAAAACCAAUGGACGCUCUGCGACGGCCGGAGCGGAGCCGCCGCGGGGGGCCGAACGUCGUGAUGCCCGCCUGGCUCGUGCUGCUCGCGGCGUCGGCCCUGAGGGCGGAGGGCGACGGAAUGGAAGAACUCGUCACCGAGAAGGAGGCAGAGGAAAGUCACCGGCAGGACAGCGUCAAUUUGCUGACGUUCAUCUUGCUGCUGACCCUCACCAUUCUCACCAUAUGGCUGUUCAAGCACAGGCGCGUUCGUUUCCUGCACGAGACCGGGCUGGCAAUGAUUUACGGUUUACUGGUCGGCGUGAUUUUGCGUUAUGGCAUCCCCGCCACCAGCUACCACAACAAGACGCCCCCCAGCUGCUCACUCAAGGAGGGGCCCACCAGCACCCUGCUGCUCAACGUCAGCGGCAAAUUCUUCGAGUACACCCUCAAAGGGGAGAUCAACUCCAGGGAGAUUAACAACGUGGAGCAGAAUGAUAUGCUGCGCAAAGUGACUUUUGAUCCCGAGGUUUUCUUCAACAUACUGCUUCCUCCGAUCAUUUUCCACGCGGGGUACAGCCUUAAGAAGAGGCAUUUCUUUAGGAAUCUGGGCUCUAUCAUAACCUAUGCGUUUCUUGGCACUGCUAUCUCAUGCUUCGCUAUUGGGAAUCUUAUGUAUGGCGUGGUGAAGCUGAUGCAAAUGGUUGGGCAGCUGACUGACAAGUUCUACUACACGGACUGCCUCUUCUUUGGGGCCAUCAUCUCCGCCACAGAUCCAGUGACAGUACUGGCCAUCUUUAAUGAGCUCUAUGUAGACGGGGAUCUCUAUGCUCUGCUGUUUGGAGAGAGUGUAAUGAAUGACGCAGUGGCCAUUGUGCUUUCCUCGUCUAUUGUGGCAUACCAGCCCAGUGGUGCAAACACACACAUGUUUGAUGCCUCUGCCUUUUUCAAAUCAGUGGGUGUUUUCCUGGGGAUUUUUAGCGGCUCCUUUGUGAUGGGUGCAGCCAUAGGAGUCGUCACCGCUCUCGUGACUAAGUUCACAAAGCUGCACUGCUUUCCACUCCUGGAGACGGCUCUCUUUUUCCUCAUGUCCUGGAGCACCUUUCUUCUGGCCGAGUCCUGCGGGUUUACAGGCGUUGUGGCUGUGCUGUUUUGCGGUAUCACACAGGCUCAUUAUACCUACAACAACCUCUCGGAGGAGUCUACAAAACGCACAAAGCAGCUCUUCGAGGUCCUUCACUUCCUGGCUGAGAAUUUCAUCUUCUCCUACAUGGGAUUGGCUCUGUUCACCUUCCAGAAUCAUAUUUUCAGCCCAAUCUUCAUCAUUGGCGCCUUCUUUGCCAUAUUCAUUGGAAGAGCUCUCAACAUUUACCCGCUCUCCUUUCUUCUCAACCUGGGUCGAAGGGACAAGAUCAGGGGAAACUUCCAGCAUAUGAUGAUGUUUGCAGGUCUGCGUGGGGCGAUGGCAUUUGCCUUGGCAAUCCGGGACACGGCUACAUAUGCCCGCCAGAUGAUGUUCACCACCACGCUCCUCAUUGUCUUCUUCACCGUUUGGGUGUUCGGUGGAGGAACCACAGCCAUGCUGUCCUGGCUGCAUAUCAGAGUUGGUGUGGAUCCCGAUCAAGACCUACAGCCUUCAGGAGACAGCUUCCAGGUCCUUCAGGGGGAUGGCUCCCAGCCUGAAGGACAAAGCAAAACCAAACAGGAGAGUGCUUGGCUUUUCAGACUGUGGUACACCUUUGAUCACAAUUAUCUUAAGCCCAUUCUUACACACAGUGGUCCACCUCUCACUUCCACCCUGCCUGGCUACUGUGGACCGCUGGCCAGCUGUCUGACCAGUCCCCAGGCUUAUGAGAAUCACGAGCAGCUGAGGGACCCCGACUCGGACCUGCUCCACAGCGAGGGCGACCUGACCUUCAUGUUCGGCGACACGGCCAUCACGGCCAACGGGGCGUCGGGCAGCAGGGCGGACGCGGCCGGAGGCCUGGGCUGGAGCGCCAACGGCAAAAGGAGCGGCAGCACGUCGGAGGAGGUGCUGGAGCGUGAGCUGGACUCCCGCGAGCAAGAGCUGCUGAGCCGGGGCACCCGCCUGGUUUUCCCCAUCGAGGAUCACGUCUGACCCUGCCUUCGUCCUCGUCUUAAGUUGCCAACCUCCAUGACCCCUUUUUCAGCCCCCCACCCCCAUCCCCAUUUAGACCGCCUCAGCUCUCUUCACCUCUGCGCAGGCAGAGAGAGAUAAGACAGACUUGAGAUAUGGGAGUAGACGGGAGGGUAGACGGAGGAGCUCUGAGCUCCCAUUAAGCCAUGGAGCAGAGCUCCAGGAGUAUUUCAUCCUCGUUACAGAGAGCGAGUUUGUUUUUUUUCUAAAGGAGAAAAAAAAAAGAAGAAGUUUCUUCUAGACUAUCAGGAGAAAAGAUCUUGAUGCUGUUUUUACAGACAGUUUGUAGCACAGAGAGAGUAGGCAAAUAUUUUCUGUUGGCAAAACAUCCAAACUACAUUCUGUUUGUGCACGUUUGAACAGCUGGCACUUUUUCAUUCAAACGGGAAAGGAGAACAUUUAUUGUUUAAAAAAAAAAUCACACUAUUAUCAUGUGAUAUGACUAGUUUGUCUUCACUGCCAAACAGUCGGCAGAAAUGAAAGGCUAAUUUGUCUUUAUGAAAAAAAAAAAGAAGCUCUUUUGAAACUGUGAAGCAUUCAUCUGAGGUUGCUAACUGUCAAGUGUUUGGUAAGUUUGUGAAGCAUCUAUGGUGGCCUGUGAGGACAUGUAAAACACAGAAUGUUUGUGUUUCCUCAGCAGACACUAAAACAUGUCCUGGAUGAAAAAUAGUUUGAGCAUGUAAAUAGCUUUGUUUCUCCUUUUUAUUGAAAUGUUUCUCAUCGCAUCACACCAAAUUACUGCCACAGAGGAUUCUCUGUGCGUCGUGUCUGUGAACUGAUCCGGAUCAUUUUCUGUGUUGAAUCGAAAUGUAGAGCUCCAAAUUUAAGUGAUAAAAUGUCAUUGAGUGUUUUCUCGAGAGCAGAGCUGCACGGCGUGCGACUAGCUUCAGAAGAGCUACCAUAGCUAUGCCCUGCUUUUAUUUUUUUUUUGUGCGCUAUUUUUGUAAAAUUUGAGACGUGAGAAAUUUGAAAUCCAAAAUGAAAGUCUGCUCACUAAAGAUGAAAAGAAAUAUUUGACUAAUUUUGUAGGACUGUCAUUGGAGUUCUUAUCAAUGUGCAUUUGAUAUUAUUUUCUUGGAAUAACAAAGAGGUCAACACCAUUUUCUUAUCUGCCUGUUGUAUGUUAAAAUGUCGGGGACCAUUAGCUUAGCAAAAAGAGCAGGAGUUGGGAAGAGCUAGCUUGGCCCUAUUAAGACCUAGCUAAAUCUUAUAUGUGCUUCUGCCAGCAUACGUAAAGCUCACUUGAGUACUUGGGAAGGUGUUCUAAUCUGUAUUUAGUCCAGCUUUAAAUGACUGCAGCAAAUUCAGAUGCUAGCCGACACUGUCCCAAGUUAAUAGGAAACUAACACUUGGAUGCUAACACUCAUUUUCACAAAUGAAACACACUGGUGUGACGUUUUACACGAAGGGUCUGUAACUGACUAACAACUACUACACAAAAUGGGCUUUUUGAGAAAAAAAAAACUUGUCUGCGAAACUGCAGAAAACUCAUUCUCAUAAUAUAUCCUGUUAUACGUAUCUUGCUCAAUCAAAAUGCUAAGCUAGCUUAAUUAUCUUAGAAAACUGUGAUUAUUAGACUGUCUGGUGCACCGUCUAAUGCCAUGCCUUAAUAUUGUUAUAGCUUACAGGUUUGUCCCCUGCAAAGUAGUGGUAGAUACUGGACAUACGGAAGGUACUAAAAGUAUCGAAUGGACUUGUUUGUGUACAAAAGGAAGGAAAAUUAAGGAACCAAAAAAACAACUUCCAAAUGUUCUACUUUCUGGUGUAAAACCAUAUAAUCAACAUGUUAUAUUUUUAGUUCUUCAUUUGUGUAAAAAAGUUUUGGGAAGGGCUCCAAUUGACAACAUACCUUAGAGCCCCCGCUGCACCAAAAAUGUGUUUUGCUAAAGUGUACAAUUCAUCUGUAUUUAAACUGAACAUCUCAGGCCUUUUCAUCUUGCAUUAAUUUGCUGAUAACAUCCAAAUUCUUAGAUGAUCUCGGAAACGAGAGGCUUUUACUAAUAUGACAAACCUCUUUCAAUUUUGAAUGAUUAAUAUUUUGAAAUGAAAGUAUUUCCAUCUGCAGGUUCUGCAGAUGAUUCAAAUGACCUCAUUCUGGGGAAAAAAAUCUUAUCUGGCUGAAAUUAUAACUAACUAGAUUCCAAAUAAAUCUUUUGACAGACACCUGGAUGACAUCUUUAACAUCUGGACUUCAUAAAGCUAGCUGUUCCCUAAUUUUCUCUCUUUUGGCCAAGCUAAACAUCGGUGGAGCUUUUAGAGCUGUGCACAUGCCAGAUGUGAGGGUGAAAUCAAACCUGUCAUCAAUUCUGUAAUUAAAAGAAAAAGCUCUUUGAAUGUCAAACAGUUUCCUCAAACUCACUGCAGUUGUAUUUCCUUAUUUCUUUCAUUUUUGACACAGUCUUUUACGAUGCGUUCAUGGCUAUUUGUGGAUUCAAAGUGUCAUCCGAGUUGAAUUUUGAUCACACAUUGCUUUCCCAUCCCAACCCUUACCACGGUCUGCUGAUGUCACUUAUCAACUGGUUUGACUGGUGACUCUGUAUUGUCCCUCCAAGCAUACCUUUCUCACAGUUUAUAGUAGAUGUUGGGCCAUCCAUAUAGCAUCAUCAAAACAAAUCCAUUUGUAUCAUCUCCCCUGAAAGAUGUCAAAAAUGUUUUUAGAAAAAGCCACAUGCUGUUUGUGGUAUGAAAACAUUUCUGGACUUGGUGGAACAGCUGGCCAAGCGAUGAGUCACUUCUGAUGAUUCACACCGUCCCUUUUUGACAUCCGUACCACUUCCCGUUUCAUAUUCACCACCCAGGCCCUUUAGACUCUUCUGUUCGUCUUUAAAACGACAUACGCUGUUGGGUUUAUGUACGAGCACGUAGGACCGGGUGGAAAAGUGAUGAUUAUGAGAGUCGAAUCUGCGGGCUUCGCCGUUAUGACAAAAACAAAAAAAAAACCCUCAUGCAGGAAUGUUACAGCAGGUCGGGGACCUCCGAGAGGAAAUGAAUGUGGUUGCGUAAGCUGUUGCCUAGCUGUACGCAGAGAAGGUCAUUUAAACUCUGCUGCAGGGAGAAGCAGCCUCAGAGCUGACACAGUCAAAACAGGAACUUGGUUUAGUUUGUUUUUUUCUCUCGCAGUACCCUAUGCAGGGAAACAUCAUGGCUGACUUAGAUGGUGGGUGCAAUACAAUGGAUUUUUUUUUUUAAAAGAUAGGGAGAAUGGCACUUUACACUGGCGGGACUCAUCUAACCUCCUUCAUGUGCACUGUCUUCCUCCACAGUGCUGCGCUGUUAAACUAUCUUUAAAAAAGCUGUCUUGCACCUGAGAAAUCUGGAAAAUGUAGCCCUGUUGUCAUUGUGUGUGGACCUGUUGUUUCUAUUAGCAACUGGCUGCCGGGCUCUGUGGCCGAGGUUUGCAUGACGUGUUAAUAAAUAUAACAUUCUGAAUCGCCCAGUUGCGUU